GACUAUAAACCAUACAAACAGAAAUUGUCAAGGUCAGCCCUUGCUCCGAUUCAAACUUAACCGAAAACCCCCGAUUGCACCACCCUGAGUUUAAGUCCAUUGAGUUCUGUCGCGUAGUCGUAAUCAACUACUGAUGUCAGUCUCAUAAUCGAAAGCAACUAGUGAAGUUCAAAUCCCGAAUCAGAGCAGAAGUCAGUCGGAUGACAAAUAGUUGAUGAUAAGUUUGACUGAGUAUUUUAGAAGAGUUCCAUCAUGGAAGUUGCCAGUCACACAGGGUUUAUGCUGCAAACCAUGCUCUUCAUGGUAAACCAUCCGUGGAACAACUGCUUGUAUCGGGCGAUUCACAACGUGCCAAACACGAACAUCGACAAAGGUUCUCGUUGUUACGGUAUCUACGGAUGUUUCUCUUUUGACUACCCAUGGGUUAGUGAAAGGCGUCCCCUGGUAUACCCACGAUCACCGGAAGAGUUGGGUGUUCGGUUUUCGGUUUACAACAAACAUGCCCAAAACAGUCCAAAGUACGUUGACCUGGAUGAUCCAGAUGGGAUCCCGCAAUUGGGCAUCGAGUCCGAAGGUAUGCUGUAUGUCAUUGCUCAUGAUCACAUUGCAGCCGGAGGUGAACCUUGGGUUCAUAGACUUGUGAGAGCACUUCUGCUGAACGAUACCUCUGGUACAGCAUCCGUACUGACCAUAGACUGGCGAAGGACCUCGCCUCUAGGUAACCUGCAACACGUCUCGGAUAGUCGCCUGGUUGGAGCCAUUACUGCUCACAUGAUUCACAUGAUCUAUACAGAAACUGGAAUACCAAACCUAGAUAAGGUUCACCUCCUAGGUCAUUCGUUGGGGGCGCAUCUCUGCGGAUACGUUGGCUAUUACUUGCAGAAAGAUUUUGGCCUUCGGUUGGGUCGGAUCACCGGAAUGGAUCCGGUUGUGGAAAUGUUCGCCGACACCGAUCCGAUCGUACGUUUGGACAAUUCGGAUGCCAAGUUCGUGGAUGUAAUCCAUACACAUGCGAUAUGGUAUCAAUCGAUAGGGCAUGUGGACUUCUACCCAACCGGAGGUCACCCCCAUCUAGGAUGUGACGAAUCGACGCACACUACGCAGCUUGGAUUACGUUGUAACUACAUGAGUAGUCCCGAGCUGUACCUCAACGCCAUCCAAAGGCGCUGUUCAUCCGUAGCCAUCGGAUGCCAGUCGUUGGAGCGUUUCUUAGCCGGAGAUUGCUUCGAGUGCAAUGAGGAUGGACAUUACUGCAUCGACUUCGGCCCAAAUGCGUGGAACAGCUACCGAGGAUUGAUUGAAAACGGAGUGAUGACCGUUCCAGGACAAGUACGAGCGUUCAUGAUCACCGCAGAUCAUUCGCCAUACUGCAGAAGUCAUUUCAAGGUAACAUUGCAUAUAUCGAACGACGUAGAAAGCCGUAUCCUUGGCCCUGAAAUCGGCACACUGGCAGUGGAGCUCGUUGGAAAGCAUUGGGAACGAUCCGGAUCGAUGGACCUGUCCCAGAAACCGCUCCACUUCGAGCCGGGCCAGAACUAUUCAGCCGUGGUGGCCGGAACGGAUGUUGAAAUCCCGAAACGGGUGCUUCUCUUCUGGCAGUACAAUGAGAAUCGACGGCUGUCGAUGAAAAGUUGGCGGGUGCGGAAAAUGCCACGAAUCUACGUGGAGUACAUUGUGGUGCAGAGUUUGGAACACCGUUCGAGGCAGAAGUUCUGCCCUCCGAAUAGGGAACCGGUGACGGCUGUUAACGAAGAUUACACACGAGACAGGAUGAACGAAUUUCGGGAAGAAUACUGCAAAUAAAUCAUUGCAAGCUAUCAUAGCUACUAUUCAUAUAAUAUGAAUAAGAAAUUCAUAAUUUUAAAACUUUUUUAAUGAUUACCGAGGUAUCAGUUGUUAGGUUCUUGGCGAAUCCGUUUACAGAUGACGAUUUUCGAAUAAGUUUGUACAAAUUGUAUGGAUGCCAAAAUAAUCAAUCAAGUACUAA